UAUAAACUACGGAUUGUGAUAUGUGAAGACCAAGCUGAAUGUGGAAAUACUGUAGGCUACUCCAAAAAGUUUAUUUAGAGGAAAGUGCAGCCGCAGUUGUCGGAACUCCUGUAAAAGCAGCACAAUUUCCACGGUUCUAAUUAAGCGCGCAGCCGGAACCGUGCACAAUUGACGUGCACUUCCACACUCGCUAGGCUGUUCCAUUGCAUGUGAUCUUGACGGCUGGAGAGGGUACUGGGAAGGUGUGUAGCCUUGUCUCUCUAGCACUCGACUUGAAAGAAAGCAUUCUAUCAAGGACGAGCUCUUGACUUUGAGAAACACCCAUUUACUCAUUUUGCUCGUUUGCUCUGCAGAGGACUGUCCGUAAUUUGGGUGUUACUUUGUGAAGAAACUACCAUGGCUGAAAGUGAGGAUUUUGACAAUGACUGGGGCAUGAUCAGUGAACAUGAGGUGAAGGCUGUGAGGGAGUUCAGUGAAUCCCUGGAGACCCAGAACAUCACCUCAGCCGUUCAGAAGAUCCAGACUUACUUCCAGGACCUGGACGAGGUGUUGCUGAACAUCGCGGUCACUGGCGAGUCCGGCUCUGGCAAGUCGUCGUUUGUGAACGCCCUGCGGGGGUUGGGGGAUGAUGAGGAGCAGUCUGCUCCAACAGGGGUGGUGGAGACGACCACACAACCCACCCCCUACCCCCACCCCAAGUACCCCAACGUCAUCCUGUGGGACUUGCCAGGGGUUGGGACUCAGAAUUUCAAAGCAGACACAUACCUGGAGCAGGUUGGGUUCGACCAGUACGACUUCUUCAUCAUCAUCGCGUCAGAGCGGUUCAGGAGCAGCAACGUUGACCUGGCCACUCACAUCCAGAAGACCAAGAAGAAGUUCUACUUUGUGCGCUCCAAGAUUGACGUGGAUGUGCAGGCCGAGAAAAGGAGGAAGAGCUUUGAUCAAAAGUCGGUUCUUGAUCGAAUAAGACAGGACUGCAUUCAGGGGCUGGAAAAGAGUGGUGUGGAGCAUCCAAUGGUCUUCCUCAUCUCCAGCCAUGAACUCGGCAAAUAUGACAUCAAUACCCUGCAGGAAACGAUGGAGAAGGAGCUGCCCGAGCGCAAGCGUGACAUGCUGCUACUCGCCCUGCCCAAUGUCACCAUGAAGAUCCACCAGAAGAAGAGAGAAGCUCUGCAGGCCAGAGUAUGGAAGAUGGCUCUCCUGUCUGCUGGCGUAGCGGCGCUCCCAAUCCCAGGCCUCUCUAUCUGCACGGAUGUGGGAAUACUGAUGACGGAAAUCAAGGAGUACUAUCACACCUUCGGCUUGGAUGAGGAGUCCCUUCAGAACCUCUCCUGCCAGACGGAGGUGCCAGUUGAGGAGUUCCAGGCUUGUCUCAAGUCCCCUCUGAGUAAGGAGAUCAGCGCUGACGUGGUGGUGAAGAUGCUGACCAAGGCAGCAGGAGCGGGCCUGAUGGUGGCGGGGCACUUUUUCAACAUGUUGCCCCUCCUGGGCUCUUUGCCUGCUGGGGCUUUGUCUUUUACCUCCACCAAGCUCAUGCUGGACAACUGCCUGAAAGAGCUGGCUGAUGAUGCACAGAGAGUCCUGGUGAGGGCGCUACAGACUGAAGUUUGAGUGACUGAAACGC